GAGCUCGUGGAGGAGGCCGGCGAGGCGGAGGAAGGCAGGGAUGUGGCCGCGCGCAAGGAAGGGGAAGAGGACGACGUGCGGGCUCUCUGCUUCCUCUGACGCCAUGGCUGAUGGCGCGACGGGGACGGCGUGUUCGGAUGGAGCACUGGUCACAGAGGAUAACAGAGAAAUGGACAGUGAUCACGACAAGCCAAGACAGGAACGAAGCUAAAAUAAUCAAAUUUGGGAGCGAACUGAGCACCUCCAGACGAAGAAUCCCACACUGGGGAGAAUCACUAAAGGAGUGCCGGGCUACAAAUCGCACCAUAUACAUGGAAAAGAAGAAACACGCAGGAAAAGAAUCGAGCAGGGACCGCCCUCAAAUCACGGGAUCCCCAGGGCGCAUCGGAGGGACCCAGGAACACACUACACACCGCCGCGCACCACCACGCGGAAACAGAUCUGUAAAAGGAGCGAGACUUUCUCUCCGCCCAGAGCGAGCAAGCGAGCGAGCUGCGCACAGUAAACUCCACAACCACAAGCCAGAAAACCAGCAAAGGAACAGCGCGGAGCACCAGGGGCACAGUAAUGCGGACGCACGCAACAAGAGCCAAAGAGCGAAGGUCCAACUCACCGCGUUUUUCCCGCAGCUGCCACUCCACGAUCCCGCCGCCGGGCUGCCCUCUGCUGCGGACUCGCUGGCCGCGCGGACCAGCGCAUCCACGGAUGGGGGGAAGCUGAAGGUAAUGGGCGAGGCCCGAGAGAUGGCUUCGUCGUCGUGGGGCGUAGAUAGUAGGAGGAGCUCCCGCGCGGACGGCGAACGGAGUAGGGGGAAGGGAAGGGAAGAGACGGAGAUGGAUGGAAGGAAAUGGCAGGCAAGCACGCCUGGGCUUGCGAAGCGUAGCAAUCGCGGGCGGUCCCUCUCUCCCCUCGAUCUAGCCCCCCUUUCUUUUCCUGUGCUUUCCUUCUCUCUCUUGCUUUCGCUCGAGCUUUGCUUUUCGUCCUAAUCCGUGCGGGCCCACAUGGCACUUUUUGGCUGG